GUCAAAGUUCAACGCCGGAAUAGUCGAGUCCUGAGUUGAAUAUAGCGGAAAUUUCUAUCACCUUCCUUGAUUCGUAACGUCGAAUUUAUUGACUGCGACACACCCAUAUUUUUUCCUUCUUUUUGCCAUUUCGAUGAUUUUCAAUCACACGGAAUCAUUUACAAUUCUCAUCAUCUCCCAUAUAUAAAUCUCUAAAUUUUUAUCUUACAUUUUUCACUUUCUUUUUACUACGGAGUACUUUAUAAGUAGCUUUUGUUGUAUAUAUAUAUAUAUAAAUAUUUUACAUAAGAAAUGAAAUCUUCAUUUGAGAAAUUUGGACGGAAAUUAACGAUGCAUAGCAAAGAGAAAAAAGAUCAUCAGCCUUCUAAUCAUUUAGACGAGCUUCUCCAAGCUUCUAAGGAUAUGCAAGAUAUUAGAAACUCUUAUGAUGGAUUAAUAUCUGCUGCUGCCGCUAUGACUAAUAGUGUAUACGAAUUUUCGGAGUCGCUAAAGGAAAUGGGGACCUGUUUGGUGGGCAAAGCGAUAACCGAUGCUGAUGGUGAAAGCGGAAGAGUGUUAUCAACUUUAGGAAAUAUACAGUCAGAACUUCAAAAAAUAGCUGAUAGUUAUCGUUCUUACGUCAUCGUCACAAUUACACAUCCAACCGAGUCUCUGCUCUCUGAGUUGCGGAAAGUGGAGGAAAUGAAACUUCAAUGUGAUGAAAAGAGAGAGGUGUAUGAAUACAUGAUGUCACAACACAAAGAGAAGGGGAAGUCAAGAAGUGGAAAGGUUGAAACCUCAGUUGCACAGAAGGUACAAGAAGCUCAAGAUGAGUAUAACGAAGUGGCUCGGCUAUGUGCAUUCCGUGUAAAAUCGCUUAAGGAGGGACAAUGCCGUAGUCUUUUGACACAGGCUACUCGUCAUCAUGUUGCACAGUUGGAUUUUUUCCGCAAGGGAUUUAAGGCUCUUGAAGCAGUCGACCCUAUUAUAAGAAUUGUAGCAGAGAAGCAUCGAAUUGAGUACAAACUCAGUGGACUUAACAAUGGGAGUGCUGGUGAAUCUGAAACUGGGAACACUUAUGAGAGGUUCGAUGAUGGGGAGUUGAGUUUUGACUAUAGACAAAAGAAGCCAGGGAUUGAUAAUGUUGCCACAUCAUCGUAUCCAAUGGAGUUAGAUCAGCCAGAUAUAUCACAUCUCCAAGUUCCAACAUUAGAAGAUCGAGAGGUAACUCAUUAUAAACAUCAAGGGGAGCAGCCUUUCGCUAGGCAAAAUAGGGUGAGCAGUUAUUCUGCCCCGUUAUUCCCAGAGAAGGUAGAUUCAUCCGAAAGGCCAAAAGAGACACAACCUUCAUGGAAGUUUCACUCUCAUGUCCUACCUUCUCCGGUUGAUGCAAAAAGUCCAAUUUCAAAAACACCUACAUCUGCUUCUCAGAUCAAUCCAUUCAGCAAGUUACACAAACCCUUGCAAGCAGACCAUGAGAAACACGAAAGAGCGUCUGGGAACGAUAAUGCCUCGACAGUGGCUUCCACCUCAAAGACCUAUUCGACAUUAAAAGAUGGCAGUGACAAUGAUUCCUCUACCCAGUUACCAACUCCUACUGGCGAACGAUAUCAUAGUGGAUUUGAUAGUAAAGUAGCGAAAAGACAAGCUUACUCUGGUCCGUUGGUACCUACUAAAGGAUUUUCGGGCAAGAUUGCGUACACCAGCGGCCCAAUUACAUCUACCGAUGUUCCUCAUACGCAUUCAAUUGCGAAUCGUAGUGUUUCACCUCCGCCUUUAUCGUCACCCAAAAUAAGUGAGCUUCAUGAGCUUCCCAGGCCUCCAAAACCAGCUGUUUCUUCUUUUGGUGGGGUGACUGGAGGAUAUUCAGGCCCUUUGCUUAGAAAGAAUCAAGAGACAACUCUGCCAAAUAAAAGCAGCAUCAUCGCGUCUCCUCUUCCACCACCUCCUCUGGUAGUUUCAAGAAGUUUCUCAGUUCACUCUAGCAACCCUAGUGCGAUGGUUGAAAGACGUUUCGAGUCCUUACAAAUAACAGGCGCCAGGCAUGAAGAAGUAUCUUCUCCUCCGCUCACACCUAUUUUGCUUUCAAACAUGAAGCCUACAAGCCGCACCUAAGGUAUUUUAAUACGGACAUCCUACUUAGCAAUGUUUGAUUAGUGUUUUUUGAAAGUGAUUAUGUGCUUAUCAGAUUUCAGUGUUUCGUAAACUCUGAUUUUUCAAGCAAUUAAUAUAUAUUACGACA